CCAGUCUCUGUCUGUGUUGCUCUUCUUCAGUAGAUCUGCUGUCAAUCCUCAGUGGUUCAUUACUGUCUUAGGAUAUGCAGAUCUUGGAUUUGCGAUCAGCUGCGCGCAGGGAAAUUCUAUUGCAAAAGAUUAUGACGAAGAAGCAAAUGAAGGAGGAGAAGAAGAAGAAGAGACUUUUGGCUUUCAUGAAAACUGCUGCUUCUUCAGUGACUCCGGAGGAUAUAGUGAAACAGUAUAAAACGCCAUCUACACAUUUAUACUCAUCAAGUACUCCUGUGGACAGGACAUUACUUUAGGAAAGGUGGAAGGUGAUGCGAAGUGGUUUCAUUUGUAAACUUACCACUGAAUUCAAUUCCUUUGGUAGGGUUUUGGCCUGCAUACACCCAUACAGUGAAGUAUGCAGAUAAUUAUAAUGUGCAGGCUAUUUGGACAGCGGCGAAGAAGCUGGCUGUUGAUUGCAGUAUUGAGGAUGCUAAAGCUUGUCAGUAUACUUCACUGGUACAUGGAAAGCGGCGAUAUGGUGAGAAUGAAACGCGAUGUUUAACUUCUUAAUAAGUUGUGAUCAAUGGUGGAGUUGCUUGUGAUGAAGCUUUUCUCAUUUUCUAAAAUUUCUGUGUUCGAACUUUCAAGUUCAAGGGUGAAUAUGUAUACUAUGUUCUUACCAUUUUAGCAGCUGUUCUCUAGUUCUAGCUUCAGUCACUGAUUGAUCUUCUAGAUGCUGAAACCUGCAUUAGUUGCGAAAGAAUCCAUAAGCUUCAACAUUAACUGGUCUUUGGCCUUUAUGAACGUCAAUUAUCAAGUGGGAUGUAUUUGGAUUUGGGUAAAUCUAUCCCAAGAAGCACACUGUAUGGCAGAUUGUCUUACUCUUACAUAUACAUAUUUGUCUUAUUUUCUCUGAAGAUUUUCCAAGAAUAGAUAUAAUCCAUUGUAAAAUGUGCAUGCUGUCUGAUAAAAGGAGUAAACAGUGCAUGCUAAAUGUCUCUCUGAUUAAGAUAUAGCUUGACAAAUUUGUUGCUUCCUGAUUUUGGCCGGUCCGGUAUAUGAAAUUUAGGUAAAAUAUUACCCACAGCUGAAUAUUUGUGCAUGAGCUACCCGUUUCAUCAAGGGGACUGCAAACUCGAGUACUAAUAGUUGCAACUCUGUGGGUUGACUUACCCUGAAGUCUAGUCUUCAGCUGGGAUGAAGUACAGUCUUUAACUGGGGUGAUCAUUGAUAAAUCUGUACUGCUUCAAUCUCUGUCACGAAUACUAGUGUUUUGUUUACUUUAUUUAGCUUAUCAAUCAUGGUUACCAUGCAAAAUGUCGACUUCUGUUGUGGUGCUAAUGAUUUUAAUUGCCUUAGGAAGAAGCUUGAUGAGACGGGGAAAACGUGCUCAUACAAAAAAAAGACCUUUUUUCAGCGAAGGUAAUUGCACUUAACCUAUAAACGUUGUUACCCUUAUGGUGUUCAAUGAAUUUUGAUCAGUAGAAUGACCUGGAUAAAACACUGUUUGGGUGAAGUUCUAUCCAACAGCCCAAGUCAUUGAGGUCUCCCCUUAUUUAUUCAUGUGCUGUGCCUGUCAUGCGAACAGCACAAGCGUUGCAAGGUCAGAUAGUCUAUCUGGCCUGUGGUAGUAACAAGGAAGCAAAUAUGUGACCAUGUGGUUAUCAUUUGGUUUUUUUUUUUUUUUUUUUUUUUUUGCCUAUACUUGGGGUGUAAGAAGCCAAAUAUGAUGCAGGGAGAGGCCCUAUUAUGAAAAGGAUGGAUGCCAUCAAAUGAAGUGUACCUUCCUAAAUUAGGUAGGAAGGUUAAUGGUUUGCAUUGUAUGAGUUUGUUAUCAUCCAUGGUAUUUCUCAACAUUUCGCUCUUUUGAGUUUUCUGCAAAGUGAGUUCACCGGUGAUGCUUUGCUUCUAAUUGUGCAGCAUUCAUCCAUGUAUAUAUCUUAAACUUUUACACUCGAAUUAUGUAAGGAAUCAUGUCUUGCCUAUGAGAUUGCAGCCUCGUAUAUCUGUCAUGAUUCCCAGUGCAUGGAUUUGUAAUCUUAUGCUCUGCUGAUAAAGCGUUACUUUGGCAGAACGACUUCAACUUUGAGCAGAGGGAUUGGAUGACUGUUCAACCUCAGGAGCUGCGGAAAGAUGGUUCAAAAUUGGUGAUUACACUAAUACAAAUAAGUUACAAAAUGCAGAAAUUAUAAGACUUUGUUUUACACCUUUUCCAUUGGUUCAAUGUUGAUCCCUACUGGCUCCUUUGGUGCUUCUGUAGAUCAUGAAGGUGGCUAGAGCCGAUGACGAUGACAACGAAUUGGCCAACUAAAUGCGAAGGCUUUUUUUUGUUUCUGCAGAAUCAAUCAACAGUUCUAACUUGGCUAACUCCCGCUCUCUGUUGAGUGACACUAGUUGAGUCUACUUCAGAACUUCAUUUGUAAAUCAGUUGCAGGAUUUGUAUUCUAGGGGCAAAGGUUAGUCCUUUCCUCCCUCAGGUCUUGUUUUGAAACUGAAAUUUGUCAAAUGGUAAAUUACAUGGGGUUCUGUAGCAUAAAAUUCUGUUCAUAUUAUAUCCCUUUGUCCUUGCUUCCUCAUCUUUUUUGUCAUCCUUUUCGUUUCCAAGUUGAUUAUAUGUCGGGCAGCCUUCUAGUAAACUUGUUCAUCAAGGUACUAUGGGUAAACAAAGCUCUACAAUGAAGGUCAUUCUCGGGAUACGAGUGGUUGUCCUAUAACCCUAGUUUUAAACUUGUCGAAAAAAGUAACAAUGGAUGUAACUUGUCGUUAAGUUUUUGGAUGAGAAAAAGUAUUAAUUUCGCUGAGAAGGCUAGAUGGAAAUUUCCUUGAGCAUCACAACAAAUCCCUCCAUUCCCGAUUCCAUCCGAGCUGAGUAGUCCUGCAUCCAGGAGCUGAGCCUGAUGAGAAGGAAAGGCAACCAAUAUGCGCAGGUGGUCUUGGAUUUCCAAGUAAUCGUGCAAACAUUACACUGCUCGUGGCAUUUGGCAAAAAUAUCUUCUUCAUCCAUCUUUUUGUUGUUGAAGUUGUGAUUGUUCCCUCUCCCUCCAAACAAACCAAAUGAUCAUGUUGAAUCUUCUUCACAGGGAAACAGCGUAAUACUUCCUCCAUCAAGUCUUGACAUUUCGAAUCUUCACAACGCAGAGAACUAUCUGCCUCGAAACUUGGGAGCCAAAGAUGUUUUCUCCACCCACAAUCUCUCAAGAUAUGUUCUUGUGAUUCUGAGAGACCACAUAAAGGACAUUUAGGUCCCCACGACUUCAAUUAAUUUCUUUAGGUUAACUCUCGUUGGUUAACCCGUUAGAGCUCAAAGUUUUUGAAAGUCCCAUUUGAUUUAGAGUCUGGUACAUUUCUCAGCUCGAAAUGUUCAAAAAGGAUAUCUCAUUUAUAUAUAUUGAGUCCUUGGCUUGAUCUGCAGGACAUGUAUACUUAUCUCUGUACAUAAUUUUUGUGUUUUCGUCCUUAGCUUUUAAGAGCAUCCAUAUGUAUGCAAAUAGAGGGAGUUGCAAAUUAAGGUGGCAUGUGCUUGUAAGUGGAAAAGUGGAUGACACUAAUGUGAGUUGUACUUCAAGAGAUGCAAAUUUGUAAAUAUAUUUGCAAGUGACCAACUUUGUUUUUCUUUUCUUUCAACUAUUUGUGUGGUAAUGAAAAAUAGAUAUGACU